AUGAAUGUAUUCCGGUUUCUUGGUGAUGCUUCACAUUUUGCAGCUAUUAUAAUUUUACUACUGAAGAUUUGGAAAACACGAUCUUGUGCAGGUCUGUCAGGACGUAGUCAAAUUGCGUUCGCUAUUGUAUUCACUACACGUUAUGUUGAUCUUCUGACAUCUUAUGUGUCUCUAUACAAUUCGCUUGCAAAGAUCAUCUUCAUAUUUUCGUCUUACGCAACAUUGUAUUUAAUAUAUUUUAGAUUCAAGGCUACACAUGAUGGGAAUCAUGACACGUUCCGACUGGAGUUCCUUUUUGUUCCAUGCGCUCUACUGGCGUUGAUUGUCAAUCAUCGUUUUCAAGUUGUCGAGUUGCCAUCCUGCCUCAGUUGUUUCUUAUUAGCAAAACUGGAGAAGCAGAAACCAUCACUUCUCACUACCUAUUUUCGCUUGGUUCUUACCGUGGCCUGUACAUACUCAACUGGAUAUACCGGUAUUAUGUCCAAAACUAUUACGAUUUGA